AUGGCGACCGCCCGGCCCCAGAUGCCGCCCCCGCCGGCUCGCCUCCUUUUCCUUUAGACCUUUACAUGCCGUGCGUGAACCCGCAGCGUUCCAUAUCUCCCGCAAGAUUCAGAGCUAGCCACUAGGCAGGCGGGCAGGAAGCUGGCCAUGAGCGCAAAGAAGAACCAUAAGCAGCAGCAGCAGCAGCGUGCCGUGGCGCAGAUGGUGGUGGCAGCAGCCAUGGCGACCCCAUGCCCCACCAAGACCCUCUUCGUCGCCCUCGGCUUCGCGCUCGGCAUCGUGGCGACCCUGUCCCUGAUGGGCUCCACGGGGUCUUCGGCUCUGCCAGGUGCCGCCCUCGAGCUCUUCUUCCCGUCGCACCCCGUCAACGUGUCCACCGAGGUGCGGCCCCGGCAGCCACCGCGGCCGGUGCAAGUGCAGCCACAGGCGGCACCGGCAGUCAGCGCCUCGUCUCCGCCACCGGUGCCCGUGGCCGACGCAGGCAUUAGUAGGCAUGCGGCUCUGCCGGUACAACCACAGACGGCACCAGCAACCGGCGUCUCGUCUCCGCCGUCGCCGCCGCUGGUGGCUGAUGCCGGCAGCGACAAGAAGCGUGCGGCUCUGCAUGAGAAUGCGAGCACUGCCGAGGAGGAGGGUGGACGGAGGCCGGUGGUCGACGACGACGACGACGACCGGCUGAUGGCGCUGGCGUCGGCGGCGCCGAGGGCGGUGCGCGUGGGGGCCGGGGGCGCGCCCAAGGUGGCGUUCCUGUUCCUGGCCAAGUGGGACCUGCCGAUGGCGCCGCUGUGGGAGCGCUUCUUCGAGGGCCAUCGCGGGCUCUACUCCGUCUACGUCCACACCCACCCGGCAUUCAACGCCUCCGCCGCCGCCUCGGACGACAGUGGCUCCGCCUUCCACCGCCGGCACAUCCCCAGCAAGGAGGUAAAAUGGGGCCACAUAAGCAUGGUGGAAGCCGAACGACGUCUCCUGGCGCAUGCACUGCUGGACCACUCUAACGCCCGCUUCAUCCUCCUGUCAGAGUCGCACGUCCCGCUCUUCGACUUCCCCACUGUCUACUCCUACCUCAUCAACUCCACCAAGGUGUACAUGGAGUCCUACGACGAGCCGGGUGGGACGGGUCGGGGUCGGUACAAGCGUGGCAUGGCACCCACCAUCACCCCUUGGCAGUGGCGCAAGGGAUCACAGUGGUUCGAGAUGGACCGUGCCCUUGCCGUCGACGUCGUUGCUGAUGACAUCUACUUCCCGGUCUUCAAAAAGUUAUGUAAGCACAACUGUUAUGCCGACGAGCACUACCUGCCAACAUUCCUCCACAUCCGACACCCUAAGGCGGCCGCUGGGCGAAUCGUGACGUGGGUUGAUUGGUCCCACGGCGGGCCCCAUCCAUCGAGGUUCACGCGGAUGGAGGUCACAGUGGACUUCCUGCGGUGGCUCAGGGGCGGGACGACGUGCGAGUACAAUGGGAGGACCACCACAAUAUGCUUCCUGUUUGCGAGGAAGUUCCUUCCCAACUCGCUCACCCGCUUCUUGAGAUUCGCGCCGAAGGUGAUGGGCUUUGGUUGAAGGACCAAUGCAUAUACGGGACUAGACAAAGAACAAUUCAACUUUCAAUUUUUAGUAGGAUACAUUAUGACACAAUUCUUUGACUCAUGUUCACAUUUAUGUAAAGCUCUAUACUAUGUAUACCUAAGGAUAGACUUUCAUUUUCUUUAUUCCACCUUUUAGAAUUCAUUUUGUAAUAACCAAUGUACAUAACCGUCUCCAUGAAUUUGGGCCCUCGGGCAAAAUGUAA